GAGCUCGGGCUGGGAUUGGGCGUGCAGGUUGGGCCUCCGUCUUGUCGCUCCGACUCUAGUGGCAGCAGCACCAGCAGCACCAGCAGUGGCAGUGCUAGUACCAGCGAGAGUGGCAGCGGAAGUGAGACUAGCAGCAUAAGCAGCAGCGGCGGCAGCAGCGAUAGUGACACCGGUGAUAGCGAUAGCAAUGACUCGGCUGAAGAGGAGAUCCUCGCUGAUGCUCUGCCGAGAUCCAAUCCCAUUCCAAUCGCCCUACAGCAGCAGCAAUUGCAACGUCAGCCGCCCGCGCACUAUCGCCGGCGAUCAGUGCACACAACCGGACCGUUCACACCACGCACAUCCGCGGGUCUCUCGGCCAACCGCCCGCCACCAGGAAUUUACAAAUCCAACUCGGGCAGCCAAGCGCGCUCUCUCCCCACGCAGAACUUUGAAUCGGCCUUGAGCACAGUGACCGAGACCACACUUUUUGUGCAAAUGCAGCUCUGUCAAACCACCCUGGAGGAGUUCCUCGCGCAGCGCAAUACGCGUAUUGCCGAGCAGCAAGCCGCGCACGCACUGGAGUGCUUUGACGAGUGCGAUGCAUUGGAUAUCCAUGGCGGCCAGCUCAUUGACCCUGUGCUUAAUGUGCGGCUGUUUAGGUCGAUUGUCGAGGGCGUCAAGUAUUUCCACAGCCGAGAUGGCGCCAACGUGUUUUUGGACAUUGUGUAUGCUGACAGUGGCGGCAAUCCGAUGAGCCGCAGUGCUAGUGGCAUUGGGCGGCCUGGCAAUUCAUCGCAAUCUGUGGUUCCGUUUAAUACCAGCCAGGUCAACUCGAUGGCCAGCGGGAUUGGUGACGUGCACGCGGAUGCAUGGGACGCUAUUGACGGAGGUAACUUGAAGGAGCGGCCUGGCGGGUCCGGCGACAAUCUGAGUUUGAGCGCGGGCAGUCGCAAGAUCGACUGGGACGCUGUGUUUGAGUGCAUGGUUGCCGGAUCAGCACACAACAGGGCGGCGCCAAUACCUGGGUUUUGUCUAUCGACCUCAUCGUCGGCGCUGCAGCGCGAGUCGUCAGGAUUGGCGGCGCUCGUGCCGAGACAUCCCUUGGUGACGUUUAUUCCGCGCAUCGGUGACUUUGGAUUAGCGACAAAGUCCACAUUGGGAAUUCGCAGUUCUGGCAGCGACGGAUAUGCCUUUAUCGGCGGCCAGAGCAAGACAGCUCCUGUAUCGACAUGCCUGACGCCCACUGAUUCGUCAUUAUCAACAAACACUACUGACCGGCGCACAUCCAAUGUCGGCACAGUGACCUAUGCAGCACCCGAGCAGCUCUGUGAGCAACUAAGCGGAGCCGGAUAUAACGAGAAGGCAGACAUUUAUUCCCUUGGAAUUAUUUUCUUUGAGCUCUACUAUGCGUUUUCCACCUUUAUGGAGCGCAUUGCGGUGUUCAAGGAUCUGAGGAGGGGAGUUUUCCCGCCAGAGUUUUUGCGGAUGUGGCCGAAGGAGGCGGCGUUUAUUUUGCGGUUGAUGGAUGCGAAUCCUGAUAAGAGGUUGUCGGCGAAGGAAAUUUUGGCAUUGGAUAUGUUUGAUGUGCCGUCGGUGGAGUCGGCGCAGUUGAUGAGGGAGGUUUUGACGCUGAAGCAGCAGUUGAUGUUGGCUAAUCAACGGAAUGAGGAGCUUGGGUUGAGAGUCAGGGAGCUAGAGCGGAUUGUUGAUUUGAGCGUGAGGAGUGAUUGAAUUUAAUUGAAUGGGAAUUUAUUAGAAAAUCUUAUGUUUGGUGUUUGUCAAUAUACUGAACACUAUUUCAAUUAAUAUAAUAAUGCGUUAUUUUUUGG